AUGGCGGACCGGUUAGGGGCUUUAUUAGCAGCAUAUGUGCGGCAACGGGCACUAGUGGGGCAACAGCAUCUGUAUAAGGAAUUACUAGGGGAUGAUAUAAAAGCGGAACUGGAACAAUUUGAGAAAUAUAUGGAAGAUGAGGCCAUAGACAGCUAUGCAGCUAAUUGUUCAAACACGGGUUACACGCGUGAGGGUGGGGGAAAAGACUUCUUCAAACAUAACGCGGGCGACAAACUUAUGUGCAAACUCAUGACAGGAGCAUUAUAUUUUAUGAAUGAGAACAGUUGGCGGAAGUGGCGCGCGAAUAUGGUGGUCAGUAAUGAUGAUGAACUGAAGGAAUAUGUGCGGUGUGCCAUAGUAAAUAUAUUUAUGUACAUAUUGCUGCAAUCUCCAUGCAGAAGUGAAAUGGGUGUAUAUUAUGCAUGGGACACUGUGACACAGAUGGAGGGGCUUAUGGGUGGAUUAAUUACAGAGGGCAAGUGCAAGCGGGGAGUGUUUCUAAACAUAAAAACACAGGAAUUCGACAUGGAGCAAAUGAUUAAGAACUGGUUACAGAACAACAACACGUUGACUGAAAAAUUUAAAGGUCCAGAAGUACAACGCAUAUGUACGAAAAGCUUAGAAGCACUUGGGGGGGCACCGCAGGAUGCAGAUGAAACGGAUGACAAAAUAGAACUGCAGACACAGGAGAAGCACGUUAUAGAGAAAUUACGGCCCGAGACCACGGUAUUGGUUCGGAAGGUGCCGCCGCAGCUCAUGCAACCGGCGCCGGAAAAUGGAGUAUCCACGCACACUAGCGAAGACGACCAAGGUAGCGAUCCGCGGGAUGCCGACAUGCCAGCACCUAAACCUGCGGCGACGAAGCCGGACACAUCAGAUACUGCAGUAGGGAGGUCACAAACACCGGCAUCCCCCGUAUUACCAGCCAGACCACCACCACCUCCACCAUCUCCCUCAGGGAAAUCAGGCGAUGAAGACGCAGGAACAAAGGGAGAAAAAGGUGACCAGGGUGUUGCAGGACAACCAGGACCAACGGCACCUUGUGUUACAAAUGUACAUACGGAAACCACACAUAGCACGUACGACGGCACGCACAGAGUGGGUCUGAGUAUUUCCUUCACUAACACGGAUCCGACGUCUGGUUGCUCAGGACCUGGUACCCCAGGUAAGGAUGGUGCCACUGGUCCGGGCUCGUCAGGAUACCCAUCUGCACCCGCAGCGGCAGCACCGAAAGCAGAAGCAGAACAAGAACCAGCAACCACAUCCUCAUCCAGUGAGGCAGCAGGCUGCCCACCGCCUGCUCCUUCCCCUGCUGAAAACACUGAGAACGACGCAGUUCAGACGACUCCAUCGUCUCCUUCUUCUACGAACGCCAACGGCGACACCGGUCCUUCCGGUUCCGCAGGUGAAAAAGGCGGAAGCGGUGAAGCCGGUAACACCGUGCCCGCCGUGGUUGACGGCGGCAACGAUGACCCCCCUCCUCUCAAUCCACCCAAACCAAAACCGAACCCGAACCCAAAUCAAUCGGGGAGCAGCAGCCCCAGCGGCAGCGGCGCACCGGCCGCAGGAGGUGCUGGAGGUGGUGUGUCUGGUGAGGCAGGAAAAGGCGGUGCUGGAGCUGUUGGUGGUACGGGUGGUAGUAGUGGUGGUGGAGGCGGGGGGGGAAGUGGAAGCAACUUAUCCUCUGGUUCAGAAACCUCAACUCCAGCUCAAGGACCAGAACUAUCAACCACAACAACAGUAACGCAGACACCAUCAUCAGAAACCUUAUCACCAACAUCACCACAAUCACCAGUGCAGCCAUCACCCCCCAAGGCGGGGGAAGAUGCUGUAGCUCACUUUGUUCCCCCUCCAUCGACACCAUUCGACCCCAAGAAUCUCAUCCCCUAUACCCCCGCGAUCAUUCCCGCGGUGGUUGGCAUCGGGAUCAUUGCGUUCUUCCUAUGGAAGUACUUUGCGUACCUCGGAAAAAAACGUCGACGAACAUAUCGCACCGUGCGUGACGUGCCAUCACCGCCACUCGACGAAGAAAUUCUAGACCAUUUACAACGCGACGCUCCACCACCACCCGCUUACGGGUACACGAUGGUUACGCAACCUGCGUCAACAUGCGGUAGAGGACGCCCACCACGCGUAAAUCGCCGCACGAUCAUCGAACUACACUUAGAAGUGCUCAACGAACGUGAAUCAGCCGAAUGGGACAACGUCAAAGACGACUAUUUGCAGAUUGUCGUGCAGGAGUUUGCACAGGAUUUGAUGCGGGACGAGGAAACGAAUAACAAUAUCUUGGGUGUUUCUAUCACAAAGCAGGCUUUAUCAGGGCACAAUGUUGCAUCCACCGAGUCCGACGGCACAAAUCCCUUACCACCGCCUGCAGACGACCCAUGGCGUUGUAUGGAAACCAUACCGUUCGUCACGGACACUUCUCCACCUAAUGCUGAUGACCGAUGGAAUUGUAUGGAAACCAUACAGUUAGAAACGGACCCUUGUGCAUCUAACGCCGAUGACCCCGAUCCAUGGAGUUGUAUGGAAACCAUACAGUUAGCAACGGACCCUUGUCGACCUUAUGACCCCGAUGCAUGGAGUUGUAUGGAAACCAUACAGUUAGACACGGACCGUGCUCCGCCUAACGAAGAUAACCCAGAUCCGUGGAGUUGUAUGCAAAACAUACAGUUCGCAACGGACCAUUGCCCACCUAACGCAGAUAACCCAUGCAGUUGUAUGGAACCCAUACAGUUCGCAAAGGACACUGCGCCACCUACCGAAGACGCCCCGGAUCCGUGGCGUUGUAUGCAAACCAUACAGUUAGCCACGGACACUUCUCCACCGAAUGAACACGACCCCGAUCCAUGGAGUUGUAUGGAACCUACACCGUUAGAAAGGGACCGUUGUCAACCUAAUGAACACGACCCCGAUCCAUGGAGUUGUAUGGAAACUGCACCGUUAGAACCAGAAGAGCCUCCUUCUCCCCUUGCAUACUCUUGCGACCCCAGCAAUGAAUACCCGACCCCCGACCACAUUAAUUGGAUUAACUGGAUUGACCGCAACAGGCACCUUUUGCGGGAGUGCACGACGCAGCCAUGGUUUAAUGCCCUCAAAUCGGAAUGGAAACAAUAUUAUCAACAAUAUGCGCCAAACGAAGCAUCUGGUGUGAACAGGACAGCCGCAACCAUGGAAAGCAGGAAAUUUGAUGCAUGGAAAGAAUGGGUUGCAAAGCAACAUGCGCUUAUGAAUACAUAUAGUGAGGAGCCCUGGUUCCAACACCUAUGGAGUAAUAUCGCGCAGACAGGAGUAGUAACAGAGGAAGACGGCAUGCCGGAACAGAUACGAACGGUGCAAGGAGUGAGUCACAUACACACAGUAGAUGAAAAACCGACCACAUUUGUAACAGACCAGGGGCCACCUGUAGAAAAAGGCUUAAAAGUAGAAGAAGCACUGGAAGGCGGAUCAGCUUUGAAAGUGCGACAUUUACCACAACAGCAACUGCAUCCGCAACCUUACAUGAAACAACCGUUAACCGCGCAAACAUGGAUACUGAUCCUGGCAUUAGUCAUAGAACAGUGCGAGCUCGAGAGUAGCAUGCAAGAGAAGGAGUUAUAUGUGGAUGAUCUAUUGCAGCAGCUGUGCAAUUAG